AUGACCAAUGGAUCUGUGAGUGUUCAUGAAAACAAUGUCAAGAACCAUUUAAGAUUUAGUGCUCUCACUGGUGAAGUUUUGGGUAAGGAAGUCAUUCACAAGGAAGACGUUUCUAAAAUUUUGGAAAAGCAAGACAAGAACGAUCCAGAUAGUGAAUUACUUCAAAAGUUGAAGGCAAAUAUUAGAAAAGCCGAGGCCAUGGAUGCUGUUGAUGUUCUUGGAUUACAAGGAGAAAGAGAUUGCAUUUUCCUUGAUUUACCAUUCUAUAGAACUGGUAAAGUACAAAAGAAACCUCUUGGCCAGGAAGAUAUUGAUAUGAUUAAGGAUUUAAUUAACCAACAAAAACCAAAGCAUGUCUUUAUUGCUGCUGAUCUUUCAGAUCCAAAUGGUACUCACCGUGUUGUGUACAGAGCGAUCAAGUUUGCUUUAGAACAAAUGGGAGACCAAGUCCAAGAUGUUACUUGUUGGUUGUACAGAGGAGCAUGGCAAGAAUGGGAUGUUGACGAAGCUACCUAUUUUAUUCCAUUCACUAAAUAUCAAAUGGAUUUGAAGAUUGAUGCCAUUUUCAAACAUCAGUCUCAAAAAGAUAGAGCGUUAUUCCCUGGUGAUGAUGCUCGAGAGUUUUGGCAGAGAGCUAAAGACAGAAAUACUGAAACAGCUCGAGAAUUAGGCUCAUUAGGUCUGCCCAAGUUCUUUGGAGUUGAAGCUUUUGUAACUGUGAAACCAGACUCCAUUCCAGAGUAA